AUGAAAACUUCUGCAAUGAGUAAACGUAAGUUGAAGGAGAGCAGUGGACCAAAUGGAGAAUGCAUUUCACAGGUGCAAAAAAUUUUACGUGAAAGAUUCUGUCACCAUUAUGCUACUGGAAAACUGUUUGGGAUUGAACAUCAGCACAGACAUCUACUGGAACUACUGAAACGAACUACAGUUCAUGGAGAAAGUAAUUCUGCCCUCAUUAUUGGACCCCGAGGAUCAGGAAAGACUGCGUUAUUAAAUCAUGUCUUAAAGGAGCUCAAGGAAAUGAAACAAGUCAGAGAGAAUCUCUUGGAAGUUCAUCUGAAUGGGCUUCUCCAGACUAAUGAUAAAGUGGCCCUGAAGGAGAUCACCAGGCAGUUGCACCUGGAAAAUGUGGUUGGGGAUAAAGUUUUUGGCAGUUUUGCUGAAAAUCUUGUGUUCCUUCUUGAAGCUUUAAGGAAAGGAAAUCGAAGUAGCAGUUGUCCAGUCUUGUUUAUACUGGAUGAAUUUGACUUGUUCGUUCAUCACAAGAAUCAGACACUGCUCUAUAACCUCUUUGAUAUAUCCCAGUCAGCACAGACUCCAGUAACAGUUAUUGGACUUACAUGUAGACAGGAUAUCCUGGAGCUCUUGGAGAAGAGAGUAAAAUCGCGAUUCUCUCACCGACAGAUAUAUUUGAUGAAUUCCUUUGAUUUUAAACAAUACAUUAGGAUUUUCAAGGAACAGCUUUCUCAAAAAUUUCCUGAUGAGUCUUUUGCACAAAAGUGGAAUAAUAAUGUUCAGCAUCUCUCGGAGGAUAAAACUGUGCAAGACAUACUGCAGAACCUUUUUCAUUACACUAAAGAUCUGCGCUCACUUCAUUUGCUGUUGGUAUGUAUUUGGAUAUGU